AUGGGAUCGAACGAGGUUUCCACAGAAUUCUCAAAGGACCUUGAAUUUGUUCCGGAAAAUGGCUGUCUCUCCAUUGUUGUGUUUGGUGCCUCUGGUGACCUUGCCAAAAAGAUGACAUUCCCGGCACUUUUCAAUCUUUACCGGCAGGGGUUCCUUCCACCAAGUGAAGUUCAUAUUUUUGGGUAUGCACGAACAAAGCUUUCAGAUGCUGAGUUAAGAGAUCGCAUAAGUGGGCGUCUUGUAUAUGGAGAGGCAGCUUCUUCUGAGCUCUCUGAAGUUGUAUCAAAUUUUUUGCAAUUGGUCACAUAUGUCAAUGGUUCUUAUGAUUCUGAGGAUGGCUUCCGUCAAUUGGAUAAGGAAAUUUGUGAGCAUGAAAUCUCAAAAAACAGUCAAGAAGGAUCAGGCCGGAGACUUUUUUAUCUUGCACUUCCUCCAUUAACAUAUCCAAUUGUUUGCAAAAUGAUCAGGGAUUGUUGCAUGAGUAAAUCUGAUCUUGGUGGAUGGACUCGAGUAAUUGCUGAGAAGCCUUUUGGAAAGGAUUUGGGAUCUUCAGAGGAACUUCAUAAACAGCUUGGGGAGUUAUUUGAUGAACAACAACUUUACCGUAUUGACCACUACUUGGGAAAGGAAUUGGUGCAAAACUUGAUGGUGCUUCGUUUUGCUAAUCGCUUUUUUAUGCCUCUGUGGAACCGUGACAACAUUGACAACAUACAGAUUGUAUUCAGGGAGGAUUUUGGAACUGAAGGUCGUGGUGGAUAUUUUGAUGAAUAUGGAAUUAUCCGUGAUGUCAUUCAAAAUCAUCUGUUACAGGUGCUUUGCAUAGUCGCCAUGGAGAAGCCUGUUUCUCUUGAUCCUGAGCACAUCAGGGAUGAGAAAGUGAAGGUUCUUCAAUCAGUCUUACCUAUAAAUAUGGAAGAGGUGGUAUUAGGACAGUAUGAAGGGUACAAGGAUGAUCCAACAGUUUCUGACACCUCCAAUACCCCAACCUUUGCAUCUUUCAUUUUGCAUAUACACAAUGAGAGAUGGGAAGGUGUUCCUUUUAUAAUCAAGGCAGGAAAAGCAUUAAACACAAGCAAGGCAGAAGUUCGUGUUCAGUUUAAGGAUGUUCCUGGUGAUAUCUUUAAAUGUAAGAAACUCGGGAGAAAUGAGUUGCUAAUACGCCUGCAACCAGCAGAGGCCAUGUACAUGAAACUGACGGUCAAGAAACCUGGACUGGAAAUGUCAACCAUACAGAGUGAACUAGACUUGUCCUAUGAACAACGCUAUCCAGGGGUUACAAUUCCUGAUGCUUAUGAGCGUCUGUUUCUUGAUUCAAUACGGGGUGAUCAGCAGCAUUUUGUUCGGGAUGAUGAGUUGAAGGUAUCAUGGGAGAUAUUCACUCCAUUGCUGCACAGAAUUGAUGAAGGUGGGAUGAAGCCAAUUCCAUACAAACGAGGCAGCCGAGGUCCUGAAGGAGCAGAUGAGCUUGUGACAAAGGCUGGCUAUGUGCGAAAACAAGGUUAUAUUUGGAUUUCACCUUCCUUGUAAUCAAAUGAGCUUCAUAGUGGGAUUUGGUUCUUCAUCCAGAAGAAUUGUGUAUGGUGUGAUAUGUAAGAGAAGUACAGUGUGCAAUGAAAUUUUGUAA